UGAGUAUUGGCAUCGAAAACUCCAUGAGAGCAGUAUUUUUGUAUUUACUCAGAAUAAAUAAAAAAUUUUAUAUUUUUUCGAAUGUAAUUUUGAAAAUCUAAGAAAGAUAACUCCAACUGUAGGAGCCGACAAAAUGUUGGACAAAUAUAGUUACGAUGUUAAUGAUAGCAAAGUACGCUGCUGUAGCUAAGCCAAACCCAUUAUUUCCUAUAUUUGUAUAAAGCGCUAUGAAGGCUCUUAAUUUUUGCUCUACAACAAAUGUAGAACAACCACUUACCUCAGAUUAUCAUCAUCUAAAAAGAUGAAUAUUGGAUUUGCAUUUGUAACAAGUAAUCUGUAUUGAAGUUUUCAUACUAUAUUUUUAUCGUUUUGUACUAAAACAAUUACUAGGCAUACACGUAACGAUUUAGCGAUUUGCGAAUGGAUUUACAUCAUUUUGUAAUAUUCUCUCAUUAGAUGGUCUUCAAUCACGCAAAAUAUAGUACAUAACGCAUUCUUGGCUCUUUCAUCCAUAUAGAAAUAAUUUCUAGAGCAUAUAUUUUAUCGUACAAGUAAGUUUAGACACGUUUAAUAAUAAUACGUUAAAUGGCUUUUUUACCAAGUGAAUUGAUAAGCUUUUGCUUAACUUGUCGUAGCGCGUAAAUAUUUUAAUUAUUUCAACGUAACUUAAGAUUUUUUAAUAACAACACCUUAAAUGAUUUAUUUAUUAAGCGAAUUGACACGUUAGCGCAUUGGUGGUAUUUUUUCUAAACGAAUUGUAACGUUUUUGUCUAAUGGAUCCUUUAUUAUAUUAAGGAACCUUUACCCCUUCGUCGACCACUAAAGUAAAAACAAACAACAGCUGUUUUAGUGUAAGUGAAAUUUCGUUUUUUUUUCUAAUAAAAGCUAAUAAAAACCAAACAAAAAAAACCUAAGAACUGGAAAAUAUUAUGUCUUUAAAUUUAUAGUCAUUAAAAAAUCACUCCUGAUCUUUAAGGCAAAAUAAAGUGGGCUACAAAAAUCGUUUUCUUAUUAAUAAAGCUUCUUUUUUUCUGAAAUUAUACGAGAAUAAAGAAAAGCAAAACAAAAAGCUCGAAAUAAUUUAAAUCGCACAAUGUUCUCAUAUAUAAAGCGUAAAUUAUCCGAAUCGGAUUCCGGUGGUAGUGCAAAUCAAACAGAUGCUUUAUUAGCUUUUAAAACUGAGCAGUCUUUGGCUAGAUCAGUCGACCGAAUGGGUAUUGUCAUUGGUGAGGACGCCUUGUUGCAAGAACUAGGUUACAAAAACGCUAGUGACUUGCAAGAAACGGUAUAUGACGCUUUGAGAACCAUUCGUGAUCCUGAGAAACCCGCCACCUUAGAAGACUUAAAUGUUAUUUAUGAGGAUGGAAUUUCCGUAAUGCCUCCCACUAAAUCGAAUGUAUCAGUAGUACGUAUAGAAUUUAAUCCUACAGUCCCUCAUUGCUCGUUAGCUACUUUAAUUGGUUUGUGCAUACGCGUUAAGGUAGAGAGAAGUCUGCCGCAUAACAUUAAGUUAGAUAUUUUUAUUAAGAAAGGCAUGCACAAUACUGAAGACGAAAUUAACAAGCAAAUCAACGAUAAGGAACGCAUUACUGCCGCUAUGGAAAAUCCAAAUUUGCGAGAAUUGGUAGAGAAUUGUAUAAAGGAUGAAGAAUAAUAUCUUUAUACAACGUUGAAAUGUGUAUGUGUUUUUGAUUUUUACAACAGCUGAGGCAGAGAUUUGCAACAUAGUGAAAACAACUGCGAUGAUUCGUUAC